UCACAAUAGAUGUCGCCUGACGAGAUUUUCGGUUCCCAUCUGGGAGGCUUUCCAGUGGAAGCAGUAAUGUUUGUGUUUUGCCGAGAUCCUUUUCCUAUUAACUUUUGUUUCAAUUUGUAGUUUAAAACUUUUAAUCAUUUAGACAACCUCAAAUGGCCCUGUCAUCGAAAGAAAUGGAAGCUCUUGAGGCUCUUCUUAAUGAAGAAAACCCACAAGUUGAACAAUAUCUGAAGCCAGAGAUGGUCAGACUAGCUCCACCUUUGCAUAACUCUGAGGAUGAAUUUGUGUGGCUUUUCCCUUCUGAAUUGGAUGAUGUUAAACUGGCCUGGGACUCCACUAUGUCUUCACAUGUCUCUGUGAUAACUGAAGCUAAAAGAUUAAUGUCCAAAGCAUUUGAGUGCACUCUAACUGUUGACCAACAGAGAACUUUACUUCAAGAAAUUGAAAAGGAUCAUAAAUUGGUUUAUUAUAUGGGAUUAACGCCGUCCAAGCUACCUGAAUUAGUUGAAAAUAAUCCUCUGAUUGCCAUUGAGGUCCUUCUAACUCUGAUGCCGUCAAAUCAAAUCUCAGAAUAUCUUUCAGUUCUUGUUAAUAUGGAGAUGUCCGUUCAUUCUAUGGAAGUCGUCAAUAGACUAACUACCGUGGUUGAACUGCCUCCUGAAUUUAUACAUCUCUAUAUCACUAAUUGUAUUCAAACAUGUGAAAGGAUAAAAGACAAGUGCACACAAAAUCGUUUGGUUCGCUUGGCAUGUGUCUUCCUACAAUCCCUUAUUAGAAACAAAAUUAUAAAAAUUCAAGAUGUCUUCUUAGAAGUUCAAGCUUUUUGUAUUGAAUUUAGCAAAAUCCGUGAAGCGGCAGCCUUAUUCAGAUUACUGAAACAACUAGAUAUGUGUGAACAAGAAAAUUCAUCAACAGCACCUACAACACCAACAACAACACAUUCUUCAUCAUCAAUCGCAACGACAACUACAAGUACAAGUAACAACAACACAGCUACCUCUUCUCAAUCAUCUUCACCAACAUCAUCUCAACAACAAUCACCACAAGCUUGAAGCUGUUUUUCUUUUCCUGGAAAAUUGUUACCUCUCUAUGCUCUUUUUUAUUAUUAUAUAUUUUUCAUAACUAGUAGAUUAUUCCAUGGAUGUAGAAACAAAAACACAAAUGGUUUAAAAUUUUUGCCAUUCAAUAAAACGUACAAGGCGACGACCAUCCUUGACAAACCUGAAUGACAUGUUGUUAGAAAUGAAGAAUAAGAAGAAGAAGAAGAAAAACUUUUUGUCGAUAUUGAAAGUGACCAUUUAAGACGAUUGAGUGUAACUGUCGAUGAGUCUCACAUUAAGUACUGGAUUAAAUCUAAUCAACCAGUACCUGAUGUAAUACUCACAGGCAAUCACACUUGAUGAAAUUGAAUCCAACACAAAGAAAAGAUUGAUUUGAAAUAGCACGGAAAACUUGGAUAAAUGGAAAUAAUAAAGAUGGCACA